AUGGAGAACAGAACAGAAGUGACUCACUUCAUCCUGCUAGGACUAACAAAUGCCCUGGAGCUUCAGUUCUCCCUCUUUAUAAUGUUCACUCUUAUUUACCUCAUCAACGUGCUUGGGAACCUAGGUAUGAUUGGGUUAAUUUUGUUGGACUUUCGUCUCCACACUCCCAUGUAUUUUUUCCUCAGCAACUUGUCUCUGGUGGACCUUUGUUACUCCUCAGCUGUCACUCCCACGGUGUUGGCUGGAUUCCUUACAGGAGACAAUGUCAUCUCCUACAAUUCAUGUGCUACUCAGGUGUUCUUUUUUGCAGUAUUUAUUACUGUGGAAAAUUUCCUGUUGGCCUCAAUGGCCUAUGACCGCUACGCAGCUGUGUGUAAACCCCUACAUUACAACAGCACCAUAACAACAAGUCUGUGUGCACGUCUGGCUAUAGGUUCCUAUGUUGGUGGUUUCCUGAAUGGCUCUAUUCACACUGGGGAUACAUUUCGUCUAUCCUUCUGUAUGCCCAAUGUGGUCCAUCACUUUUUCUGUGAUCUUCCAGCAGUCAUCUUUCUCUCUUGCUCAGAUAGACAUGUUAGUGAGAUGGUUCUUAUUUUUGUGGUGAGCUUCAAUAUCUUUUCUGCUCUUCUGGUUAUCUUGAUAUCCUACCUGUUCAUAUUUAUUAACAUCCUAAAGAUGCGCUCAGCUGAAGGAUAUCGAAAGGCUUUAUCCACCUGUGCUUCCCACCUCACUGCAGUCUUUAUCUUUUAUGGGACAGGCAUCUUCAUGUACGCACAGCCCAGUUCCAGUCAUUCUAUGGACACAGACAAAAUGGCAUCUGUGUUCUAUACUAUGAUCAUCCCCAUGUUGAACCCUCUGGUCUACAGCCUGAGGAACAAGGAUGUCAAAAGUGCAUUCAAGAAGGUUAUUGAGAAGGCUAAAUUGUCUCUAGGCUUAACUUUUUAA